GUGCCUGGUCUGGACCUGGGCCCCUCGGGCUGGCCCGCCCACGACACCGCCUUCAUCCAGCAGCUGUCGGCGCACCUGGGGGGGGCGCUGGGCUCCGCGGUGCUGCUGGCCCUCAAAGCCAUGCUGCGCUUCCAGGACAAGCAGUCGUCGUUCGGCAUGCCGCGCGGCGGCUACGGUGGCGGCGGCGGCGGCGCCAAGGGCAAGGCGGCGGCGGCCGAGGGGCCCGGCGUGGCGCAGCAGCGGUUUGGCAACGCCAAGUCCAUCUCCUCUUCGGCCUUCCACGGCCAGGACAACCAGGAGAGCGAGUACGAGAAGCAGCAGCGGCUGUCGCAGUUCCAG